AUGACAAACACCACACAGCCAUCUGCCACUGACGCGGAUGAAACCAUGCGCCUGGCAGUGGAACAAUUCCGCACCAAAAUGGAGUCCUCUAAUCGGCAGUUCCUCCAAGAUCGGAUGGAUGAAAUUGAAGCCAUGAAUCUCCCCACCGAAGAAGAAAAAUUGAAAAAGAUGCGCCCCUACUGGCCUAAUUUGGGAAUCAAGGGCGAGGAUCCUUGGAAAAAUUGCGAUCCAGUAGGCCCUGUCCGCCAAUCUCGCGAGGAGAGAAAUGUCACUCGAUUGGCCGAUGUUAAAGCGCUAUACCAUGAGUAUAUGGAUGGCACCCUACCACCAACCCUGUUGACAGAAGAGUGGCGUCGGAUGUAUCUGGAGACCGUCCAAAGUGUGUGUAAUGAGGCGGCCUUUCGAGAUGAGGAGGACGAGGAUUUCCAAAUCCCGCUUUGCCACGAGCUGGGCUCCUUUAUCAAGUACGCCGAUGGUGUCCAUGAUCUAGACUUCCGCCGCUCAGGCAUCGCCCCUUUCGAACCAACCUUUUCAAUAGGGAUCCUGGACUAUACAAUCAAGGAUAACCUGGCGGUAUUUGCCCUGCCAGCCCCUGAUAUCUCCAGGGCCCGAGAAGAUCUGAAAUGUUCUCUGCAAGAAUUUCUGUGUGACGAAACCUUCAUUGACGGCACCGUCGAUGAAGACUUGGAAGUGAAAGUUGGUUUCAUAACCGGGACUGGCUGCCGAAAUGGAUAUGAUAAAUGGUACAGCGCCUAUCUCUACUGUCGCCGGUACGUGGACGACUCCGAUCCAAGCCACAAGGACUGGGCGUGGCGGGUGGUUGUUUUCCAGGCCCACGGCGAAAAUCCCACUACGCUUUAUGGGCGGAAGCCAAGAUUCGACUCCAUUCCCGAGUUUCUGGAAUGGUACAGUAGCUGGCUGGAACAUUUAGAUCUCGAUCAGGUUCGGAAGGACGUCAGGGGACCUGAGUAUGAUGGUGAUGACGAUUUCUGGCCAGCUUAUGGAUGUGUUUCCAACGGAUAG